AUGCAGCCUUUCUCCUCAAAUUCGCAGUGUAUUCCAUGGCUUGUGGUCCUCAUCAUCGAAUGUCUGGCCAUAGUUGUCCUUAAUAUCAUCACCGUUGUUGUCUUUGUGAAGAAAAAGCGCCAGCUACAGCGGCAGAGUACAUAUUUGAUCAUCCAUCUGGCGAUAGUCGAUCUCUUAGUGGGCCUAGUCUCUGGGCCACUACAGAUUGAACACAUGAUGGGGUGGUUCUGUCCACUAUGGAAUUACAGACAAAGGACUGUUUGGCCUCAUAAUUUAUCUUUUGCAUUUUUACAUUUAUUCUCGUUCACUUCCCUUAUAAACCUUAUUGCUGUCUCCUUAGAACGGCUACACGCAACAUUUUGUCCAUUCAGGCAUCGCUUUGUGAGGAAAUGGGUUCAUAGAGCCGUAAUUAUUGUCAUUUGGUUAAUACCUAUUGUUAGAGAAGCAGCUCAAAUUUUCUUAAGGGGAAUUGCUGAUCUAGUGGUAAUUAAUAUUUACUUGUAUAUCCCAUUUUAUGCAGUUUCUCUAUUUAUUAUCUGUGUAACUUACAUCCUCAUUAUUAUCAAAGUACGGCGUAGUCGUCAUCCUCAAUUCCAUUCAAGGUUCAAAAGAGAAAGAAAACUGACGGGUACUGCGCUCAUCGUCUCACUCGUAUCUUUACUUUGUCUUCUACCAGCGAUGAUAUACGCAGCAUGGCCUCGCCACUCCUCCACUUAUUUCAUAAAUUGUCAUAUUUAUAUGGCUGUGGUAGUUCUAUUUUUAGCUAACUCACUUGUAAAUCCUAUAAUUAUACUCUUCGGAUGCCAGGACUCAGAGAAGGUUUAUUACAGCUAG